GGCUGCGCAAUCGGCGCGAUCUCCUCAGUUCGCGCGCGGUCGACAAGGGUGAGGACGUGUGUCCGACACGCAUCUCUGCGCUCUCGUGCACUCGCCGAAGACGUAGAGAUAAGGAUACGUUCUCCGUGUCGCCUGCUCGUGCUCCUCAUCUCGGUCACGGUCUGUCCAGGCGAAUGCCGAACGACUGCCAGUCAUGAUCUCCGCCGAGAUGCGAUACCUCCUGCCGACGCUGCUCCUCGUGGUCGCGACGACGUAUGCCCAGUCGUCCUGGGACUUGGCCGUUGUGAUCGGUAACGAAAUCGAAUAUUUCGCGCGUAACGGUACGUCGACGGGUCUUGCUGAUGUCGAGGAAGCCGUUGAAUUGGCUGGAAUAACGUACGACGACACCACUCGAACAAUGUAUCUGUCUGACGUAAGCAAGAAGAAAGAAGGGAACAACAUGUCUACAUUCAGCAACGCGUCUAUAUUCCUCCUUACAGAAAGGACUUUUACGUCAACCCCUCUGCUGAAAAAAGAGAAGAGAAUGCACGUUGAUGGGAUGGUCUUCGACACGUCAUCGCGGACUCUGUUCUGGGUCGAUCCCAUAGAGGACAUCAUUGCGAAAAUGCACAUACCGCAAAAAGGUAAACCGGGCGAUCCUGUUGUUCUGCACACUCUCACCGGGAACAGUCCACGUGGCAUCGCUCUCGACGUGUGUAACAGCCGCAUAUACUGGACAAACAGCAACAAAUCGCAUCCCAGCAUCGAGUAUUCUAAUCUUGACGGGAGUAAUCGGACAGUUGUCAUCAAUCGAACAAUGAUUGAGAAUUUGUACGAGCCCGUGGCGGUGGUAAUCGACCACGCGGAGCAGAAGCUGUACUGGAUCGACGAUAUCGAGGGGGUGCCCUUUAACAUUGGGCGCAGCAACUUGGAUGGCAGUCAGUGGGAAUUGCUGCUCCAGAAGAAUCAUCAGCAGCCUAUCUAUCUGGCAGUGGACAACGAAUCGAUAUACUGGUCCGAUUCAGUAUCCAGCACGGUCUGGACCAUGCCAAAGAACCCUAAGGCUGAGGAUAAUCCGACUAAAUUUAUAACAUAUAAUGAUCCCAGAAAGCACCAUCUCUCUCCAGCUGGCAUCGUGACGCGCGACAACGUCCGCCAAAUCGAUUGCGCGAUGAUAAAGAAGAGGCCGAACCUGCCGGUGCUCGCUAUACCAUUGUCCCAUGUGACUACCAGGACGGAGAGUGUGACCAUCAAAAGCUCCAAAUACUGCCUAAACGACGGCUAUCUGAACAAAACGGACGACACAUGCCGAUGCAAAGAAGGGUUCACUGGACUCCUUUGCGAAAUUUCCCUCUCACUUCCUUGUCACAAUUACUGCCUCCAUGGUACAUGUACUGUAAACCACCGUGGACUUCCCGAAUGCAAGUGCAUGGGCACGUUUAGUGGUGCCCGCUGUGAAAGGGACGUUUGCAACGAUUAUUGCCUUUAUGAUGGUGAAUGUUCCGUCCGGGAUGGAAAACCAUUCUGUAGUUGUAAAUAUUCCAAAGGGACCCGAUGCGAAGAACUGAACGACAUUGCGGAAAUCUGUGCGAGCAGUCGUGUCGGAUUACCCAGCAACGUAACGUCAUGCAAAUGUACGGGCUCUAAACUGUCGCUCAGUGACAGUUUUCAAAACAGGCUGUUGCUACCGAUAUUCGUAGCCUUCACCGCUCUGUUUCUUCUAAUGAUCGCCAUACUCAGUUACUAUGUGAACAAAUUACGAAGGCGACCACGAAUUAAGAGACACUACGUGGUCAGUAAGGGCGUCACGCCGCUUACAUCCCGACCAGACAAUCAGUGUGAGAUUACUAUAGAGAAUUGCUGCAAUAUGAAUAUCUGCGAAACUAAUUUAUUUUUACCAAUGGAAAGAGAUUGGCGUUUAUUAUCUUAUAAUAACUUGGUUAAAGAGAGGGCAAAGUGAAAUUGUGCUAUCUCGUUUUAUGAGCACGGCUAAUAUCUUCACGUGUAGAUUUUAAUUUGCGUGCGCAAUGUCAAUGAUCGAAUUAUGCUAAGACUGGAUCUGUUUACAUUCCGAUUUGGCAAUCGGUUAAAUUGAAACUGCAAUUCCCACUGAUUUGUACAUUUAUAUCGGUGCCCCGUACGGUGUUAAUUGCGCGAUAAUGUCAACGGUUAUAGUCUUGUUUUUUUCACGCGCAGUUCUAAAACACGAUGUACAUUUGUUACUUAUAAAAACGACGGUUAUAUUAAGAAUAAGACUUCCUACAAAGACGCUUGUAGUGCUCUAAGAACUAAUAUUUUAUGUUUACAUUCAAAUAUCACACAAUUAUGGGUUCGAUACAUUUGAGAAGUAAAUCUUGCUGCAUGCCAAGCAGUUUCUAAAUUUUUUAAUUUGUAUUAAUUUACAUAAAAAUUCCUCGAUUUAUUUUGUCAAUUUUGAAAAAUACGAAAUAGACUGUUAAAUGGAUAACAGGGUAAUGUCUCGUUCUUUUACAGCCGUGUUUCGAACCAAAAUUACGAAAUGACGUGUCAAGGAGCAAAAGUAAGAAAAAGGAAGAGAAGAACUUCUUGUUGGAUAAUAUGGACGAUAAUUCGUGCUAGCACAUGCUACUCCCGUGUCAUCGCAUGAAAUGGCGAAAACUCUGCACGAGCUCUGCCCCGCGUCGGAGACUGAGAUCGUAUUUGAGCGGGACCGCUCCUGCGUCUGUACAUAGUACCGCGGCGAACUUUAGUAUUGUUGUUAAGUUUGAAAACAUCCGCAUUGACGGAAUGCGCCAUGGAGCGCUAUAUCGACGACGAUUUCACUUCAUCGUGGAAAAGGAAGCCAAAGGUCUUUUUAGAAAGUCCUAUUUCUUAAUACGUCAUACACAUUAGGGCUGUGUUUUAGAGCCAUUUCUUUCACUUAGUAGUCAUUAAAUUAAUCAUUUGACGUUGUUAGAUAUUUGUUUCAGGCAUUGUAAAGCUCGACUUUACGCGUUUCUCUAAAUUUGCCGAACGCAAUCCCUCUUGUGCGCAAGCAACGCUAAAAGUUUGUAAAUAAUAACGCGAGAUGUUAAUAUAAUUCGAAGAUACAAAUAUUUCUGAUUGUAUUGUCGAAUUGUAUCUCUCUUUUAAACCUUCGUGAGCGUUAUGUAAGAACUGAAUUCAUUUCUUUGAACAAUGUCGGAAAAGGUUUCAAAUUUAAUAAUUUAUGUAACUGUUGAUAAAAAUGGAAUUUUGAACUUGCGAGACUGUAUUGUCAAACAUAGAAGAGAUACAACGACACUGGGAUCGGCAUUUGAAACAAGCGAGCGAAGGAAAAUGCGCACGCA